AUGGCAACCCAAUCAUCGGAAGAUCUCUUCAGUAUGGCAUUUGCGUGCCCAUUGUUCCAUACGUUGGCAAACACUCCACAAGUGUGGAACACCAUUUCAAUGGCAAAGUACCCAGACCAUCCUAGCUGGUACCAUGCCAAUCCUGCGGUCCAGCAUUUCUUGCAACAAUGCAGGGCUUGCGAUAACCCUGAGUCGAUAUUUAGAGAAGCAUUCGAAGUUUUUUUCAGGCAGGGUAACGUGGAAGCGUUGUAUGGGAUGCGCAUUGCAGCCACGGCAGGCCAUAUGGAAGCGGCAUAUCUAGUUGGACUACUUGGCAUGUCCGGAAUUGGUCAGUCAAAAGAGGAUGCAUUAGAAUUCUUGUGUUCUUUGAAUCAACGUAACAACAUUGAUAUGAAAGGAACCAUGGAUGCUUUGAGACGAAGAUUAAGCUGA